CAUAUUUCCCCAAAUUCACAGUACUACCAACUCCAACUACACCUAUGGCUGCCUCUAAGAGAUCAGAAAUGUGGUCUCUCAUAAGUGAGAUUGACCACACCAAAACCAGUUGGGCCUUAAGAGUUCGGGGGGUUCGGGUAUACAAAGUUGCAGCUCAUGCAAGGGGAGGCAACACUCUAGAAAUGGUGCUGCAUGAUGAGGAGGGUACUCGGAUUCACGCUGUGGUGAAACGCCCUCAGGUCGCUUUGUUUAGGCCUCAAGUUAUGGAAGACAAUGUUGAUGCCAUGAAAAAUUUCAUGGUGGUGGACAAUUACCAGUUGUACAAGACCACCUCUCACCG